AUGACGGAAUCUCAGCGUUCUCGUGUCUUCUUUGACAUUCAAAUUGGCGACCAGAAGGCCGGCCGAGUGGUCUUCGAGCUGUUUAACGAUGUCGUUCCGAAGACAGCAGAUAACUUCCGAGCUCUCUGCACCGGUGAGAAGGGCCUUGGAACUCAGGGCAAGCCAUUGACCUACAAAGGCUCCAUCUUCCACCGCGUUAUCAAGCAGUUCAUGAUCCAGGGUGGUGACUUCACCGCAUUCAACGGCACCGGCGGCGAGUCGAUCUAUGGCGAGAAGUUCCCCGACGAGAACUUCGACCUCAAGCAUGACCGUCCCUUCCUCCUGUCCAUGGCCAACUCCGGCCCCGGCACCAAUGGCAGCCAGUUCUUCGUGACCACCGUCCCUACCCCCCACCUGGACGGCAAACACGUCGUCUUCGGUGAGGUGAUCAACGGCAAGAGCAUCAUCCGCAAGAUCGAGAACAUGGAGACAGAGGCCGACAAGCCCAAGAGCGACGUGACCGUGGUGGACUGUGGCGAGCUCUCGGGCGACGACUACGCCAACGCCACCAAGCGCGUGCAGGAUGCGACUGGCGACCCCUAUGAGGACUUCCCUGAGGAUCACCAGGGUGACGAGCUGACCGCUCCUCUUGCCUUCAAGAUCGCCUCCGACCUCAAGGGCUUCGGUAACACCGCGUUCAAGAAGGGUGACUACAACCUCGGCCUCGAGAAGUACCAGAAGGGUCUCCGAUACUUGAACGAGUUCCCCGAGCCCGCUGACAGCGACCCCAAAGAGCUGGGAGAGCAGAUGAAGUCCCUCCGGUUUACCUUGCACUCCAACUCGUCUCUGCUGGCCAAUAAGCUUCAGCAGUACAAGCAGGCGGAGGCCUGGGCAUCGUACGCUCUCGAGGUUGCUGAGGCCGCCAAGGCCAAGGAUGCCGACAAGGCCAAAGUCUACUACCGCCGCGCCCUUGCCCAUGUGGGUCUGAAGGAAGAGGAUGCGGCCCUCAAGGAUCUCCAGGAGGCCACCAAGCUGGCCCCCACCGAUGCCGGUAUCACCAAUGAGAUUACUAAGGUCAAGCAGUCUGUCAAGGCUCGCGAGGCCAAGGACAAGGCAGCUGCGCGCAAGUUCUUCUCGUAA